CCUAAGGGGUUUUUUGGGCGGGAGAGGGGGAAUGGAGGUGCGCCAUGGCGACUUGCUUGAUCCUCAUCCGGAUAUCACUGCGCUCUUUUGCUACUACAAUGCGCUCUAUUUCCAAGGCAAGCUUGGCGCUUGCAGUGUGCAGUGGAGCAGCAAACGCAUGACUUUGUGCGCGGGGAUUUGCAAGUACAGCUUCUGCGGUGGCUGCGAGAUUCGCCUCUCGGAGCCGCUGCUCAAGUAUCGGAGUGUGAGUGAUCUCAAGAACACGCUUCUCCAUGAGAUGAUUCAUGCGUUUCUGUUUCUCGACAACGGGAACAAAGAUCACGAUGAUCAUGGUCAAUAUUUUCUUGCAAAAAUGAAGGAGAUCAACGUCUCCAGCUUGCAAGAUUUCGAGAGACCUGUAGAAGGCUACAACAUCACCGUAUAUCACAACUUUAAGGACGAAGUGAACAAUUACCGUGUUCAUCACUGGACGUGCCAGUCUUGUGGGAAUCUUGUAAAACGAGCGAUGAAUCGAGCACCCUCGCCAGCUGACUGUACAUUCAAAGCUGGAUCGACAGGAGCCUGCUCACAUCCGCGAUGCCUCUGGCAUACGCACGAGACAACUUGCGGCGGCAGCUACUUGAAAACCGCGGAGCCACCGGGAUACAAAGACAAGCGCAAGAAGAGGAAAGAAGAAGGCUCUUCGAUUGGAAGUGGUGAGAACAAGGCAGGAAAAUCCCACAAAACCUCUGGGAUGCCAUCGAAGAACUUGAGCAUCAAAGACUUUCUCAGCGUAGCAAGCGGCUCAAAGAACACAAACGCUAUCGAUUUAACCGCGGAUGAUCCAGUGCACUGCUUCGUUUGUCCGAAUCCAAAUUGCAAAGAGACAAUCGUGGGAGACUUAGGCAGGACCGAAACCAUCGCAAAAAUCAACCAGCACCUGGACAACUGCUUGAUAAAUUAAAGUUUUGUAAGAAUGAGUGCACGAAGAUGAAUGAACUUUGCGUACCUUCUUCGAUAUGA